CUCGGUCCGCCGCACUUCUUACGCUCCGUCCGACCGUUUUCCCGACAGCACCACCCCGUGUCUCUGCGUGUCACCGCGUCCGUUCGCAACCGUAUCCGGACACCGACGCAGAGCACAGAACGCGAACGCCGGCACGCAACGCGGUUACCGAGAUCGCGUCGCUCGUUCGUUAGCACCACCACGUGGUCCACGCCGCCGGUCAACGGCACACGAAGAUCGGACCGCACACAACAUGACUAAGAAACUAAUAAUUGUGGUAUGUUUAUUGAGAUUAUGCAUUUGUCAGCAAUAUGAUCAAUCAGGAGGACAAGGAUCUUCAAAUGGAAAAUAUGGUGGCCCUACAGGAAGAUCGUCUGGAGGGCCUAAUAGUGGUGCUGGCAUUAAUAGUUAUGGUCAAAACCAAGGAGGGCAAGGCGGAUAUGGAAAUGGCUUCAACGGAAAUAACAGAAAUCAAGGCCAAAAUGGACUUACUAAUUGUGGUCCUAAUCAAAACGGUGGCCUAGGUGGAGCUAACAAUGGUGUAGAAGGCAAUGGUUUUGGAGCAACUGGUGGGUAUGGAAGUGGAGCUGGUGGACCAAGUGGUGGUUUUAACGGGGGUGGUAGCAGUGGAGGAUAUGGAAAUGGAGGUUUUGGAGGUAAUGGUGGACGGGGAAUCAGUGGUUUAGGGGGAAGUGGAGGAUAUGGGAACGGAGGUUCGGGAGGAAGUGGAGGAUACGGAAAUGGUGGUGCUGGAAAUAAUGGCGGACGUGGAAAUGGAGGCUAUGGGGGGAGUGGAGGAUAUGGAAAUGGAGGUUUUGGAGGUAGUGGUGGAUCUGGAAGUGGAGGGUAUGGAAAUGGAGGUUCGGGGGCUAAUAAUGGGUUUGGAAACGGUGGUUUAGGAAUUAGUGGUGGAUAUGGAAAUGGUGGUUUAGGAGGUAUUGGUGGUUUAGGAAGUAGUGGUGGAUAUGGAAAUGGUGGUUUAGGAGGCAGUGGUGGUUUAGGAAGUAGUGGUGGUUAUGGAAACGGAGGUUCAGGAGGUAGUGGUGGUUAUGGAAAUGGUGGUUCAGGAGGUGGUGGAAGAUAUGGGAGUGGAGGAUCAAGUGGUUUUGGAUCUAAUAAUGGACCUAAUGGUGGAAAUUUUAAUCCAAAUCAAAAUGCUCCACCUGCUGCCAAAGUGAGUUUCAACAGCUUUUUCGGAAGUUCUGGACGAAAUGGUCGUGGACAGUCUGGCGGACCUAAUGGAGGUGGUUCCCGUGGAUCCGGCAACUAUGGUGGUCAGAACGGUGGAGGUUCCGGUUCAUACGGUGGACAAAAUGCACCACCACGUGGUCCACGCCGCCGGUCAACGGCACACGAAGAUCGGACCGCACACAACAUGACUAAGAAACUAAUAAUUGUGGUAUGUUUAUUGAGAUUAUGCAUUUGUCAGCAAUAUGAUCAAUCAGGAGGACAAGGAUCUUCAAAUGGAAAAUAUGGUGGCCCUACAGGAAGAUCGUCUGGAGGGCCUAAUAGUGGUGCUGGCAUUAAUAGUUAUGGUCAAAACCAAGGAGGGCAAGGCGGAUAUGGAAAUGGCUUCAACGGAAAUAACAGAAAUCAAGGCCAAAAUGGACUUACUAAUUGUGGUCCUAAUCAAAACGGUGGCCUAGGUGGAGCUAACAAUGGUGUAGAAGGCAAUGGUUUUGGAGCAACUGGUGGGUAUGGAAGUGGAGCUGGUGGACCAAGUGGUGGUUUUAACGGGGGUGGUAGCAGUGGAGGAUAUGGAAAUGGAGGUUUUGGAGGUAAUGGUGGACGGGGAAUCAGUGGUUUAGGGGGAAGUGGAGGAUAUGGGAACGGAGGUUCGGGAGGAAGUGGAGGAUACGGAAAUGGUGGUGCUGGAAAUAAUGGCGGACGUGGAAAUGGAGGCUAUGGGGGGAGUGGAGGAUAUGGAAAUGGAGGUUUUGGAGGUAGUGGUGGAUCUGGAAGUGGAGGGUAUGGAAAUGGAGGUUCGGGGGCUAAUAAUGGGUUUGGAAACGGUGGUUUAGGAAUUAGUGGUGGAUAUGGAAAUGGUGGUUUAGGAGGUAUUGGUGGUUUAGGAAGUAGUGGUGGAUAUGGAAAUGGUGGUUUAGGAGGCAGUGGUGGUUUAGGAAGUAGUGGUGGUUAUGGAAACGGAGGUUCAGGAGGUAGUGGUGGUUAUGGAAAUGGUGGUUCAGGAGGUGGUGGAAGAUAUGGGAGUGGAGGAUCAAGUGGUUUUGGAUCUAAUAAUGGACCUAAUGGUGGAAAUUUUAAUCCAAAUCAAAAUGCUCCACCUGCUGCCAAAGUGAGUUUCAACAGCUUUUUCGGAAGUUCUGGACGAAAUGGUCGUGGACAGUCUGGCGGACCUAAUGGAGGUGGUUCCCGUGGAUCCGGCAACUAUGGUGGUCAGAACGGUGGAGGUUCCGGUUCAUACGGUGGACAAAAUGGUGGAAACUCCGGUUCAUUCGGUGGACAAAAUGGUGGAGGUUCCGGUUCAUAUGGUGGUCAAAAUAGUGGAGGUUUCAACGGACAGAACGGUGGAAACUUCGGUUCAUAUGGUGGACUAAACAGUGGAGGUUCUGGCUCUUUUGGUGGUCAGAAUGGUUCAGGUCCAUACGGUAGUGGAUCUGGGUCAGGACAGUAUGGGGGUGAAUCUGAUAAUAAUGGAUUUGGACAAGGAAAUGGAGGUGGCAGAGGUUCUUCAGAGUCCUCGGGUCAAGGAUAUUAAUAACAAAUAUUACUAAUGAACAUUGUAAAUUUAAAUUAUCACUAAUUUAUUAAAUUAUU